AUGACACGUGUUUCCAUAUCCCCCAAAGAUCUCUGGAAUGGUAAGCGCAACCAUGCAUACUUACGGGGUCUGAUGACUGCCUUCAAUGAGAGAGCGGAGUGCCUGAUGACCAAGCUGGAUGAGUAUGCCGAUAGCCUGACACCCGCACACAUGCACAAGCUGGCCAACUCCUUCGCCCUGGAUGUGAUUGCAAAGGUGGCCUUUGGAGUUGACUUAGAUUCACUGAACAUCAGUGACUCCCCUUUCCCUCGAGCCAUAGAGUUAUGUCCGAAGGGCACGGUCCACAUUAUAGAUCCAACCUUUGCGUUUUUGAGGAAGAACAAAAAAGUGGUGCAGGAAAUUGAGGAAGCUGCCCAGUUUCUUCGUGACACAGGAGCCACCUGGAUAAACGAGCGGAAGAAAGCAGUUCAGAAUGGUGAGGAUGUGCCUAUGGACAUUCUUACACAGAUUCUCAAAAGUGCAGGAAAAAAAAAAGAUGACAACGAUGACGAAAUCAUGCUUGACAACUUUAUCACAUUUUUCAUAGCAGGUCACGAAACAGUUGCUAAUCAGAUUUCAUUUGCCAUCAUGGAACUUGGAAGACAACCUGAGAUACUACUGAGGCUAAAAGAGGAGGUGGAUGAAGUCCUUGGGAUGAAACAAGAGAUCAGCUAUGAGGACCUUGGAAAUCUGACCUACUUAACCCAGGUGCUGAAAGAGACGAGGUUAUAACCAACUGCUCCUGCUACCUCUCGCUGGCUGGCAAAGGAAACAGUCAUUAAUAGCAUCAAGGUCCCUGCAGGAUGUGGCAUUAUGCUCAGUACAUAUGUGAGUUCAAGGAUGGACAAAUUCUUCAAGGAUCCACUGACAUUUGAUCCAGAGAGAUUUAAUUUGAAUGCUCCUAAGCCUUAUUUCUGCUACUAUCCCUUUGCCUUUGGCCCACGGGCCUGCCUUGGGCAAAACUUCUCCCAGAUGGAGGCAAAGGUUGCAAUGGCUAAACUGCUGCAGAGAUUUGACUUCAGCCUGGUGCCAGGGCAGUCUUUUGGCAUCCUAUCCACGGGGACACUGCGGCCGCAGAGCGAGGUGAUAUGCAUGAUCAAACAGCGCAGCAGUGCAUGA